GCUUGGGCCGAGAGAGAGGCCGGCAGGUCCCGGGCUCAUCCCGCUUUGCGCGUGCGCAAACGACAAACCAACACCCCGGUAUUGAGGCGCGGGUUUGGUGGCGCGUUUUAGCGAAGUCGCACGUGAAGAGCAGCAGUGGCCAGAGCCAGACGCAGCCAUGGCAGGCGCAGGCAGCAGUUUGCCAUGGGGCAAGCAGCAUCUUUUCAAAGCCAUCCUGAUGGUCCUAGUGGCCCUUGUCCUCCUCCACUCAGCCUCAUCCCAGUCCCAUCCAGACUUUGUGCCACCAGGCCAGCAGAGGAGGGAGGCCUCGGUUGAUCUCUUGAGCCAGAUAGGCCGAUCUGUGCGGGGAACACUGGAUGCCUGGAUUGGGCCAGAGACCGUGCACCUGGUUUCCGAGACCUUGUCUCAGGUGAUGUGGGCCGUCUCCUCGGCCAUCUCCGUGGCCUUCUUCGCUCUGUCCGGGAUCGCUGCACAGCUGCUGAGUGCCUUGGGGCUAGAUGGAGAUCACCUCACCCAGGGCCUGAAGCUCAGCCCCAGCCAGGUCCAGACCUUCCUGCUGUGGGGAGCUGGGGCCCUGCUCGCCUAUUGGCUUCUGUCCCUGCUUCUCGGCUUGGUCCUGGCCGUGCUGGGGCGGAUCCUGUGGGGCCUGAAGCUUGUCCUCUUCCUGGCCGGCUUUGUGGCCCUGGUGAGGUCGGUGCCUGACCCUUCCACCCGGGCCUUGCUCCUCCUGGCCUUGCUGACCCUCUACGCCUUGCUUAGCCGGCUCAUUGGCACCCGGGGCUCGGCCCAGCUGGAGGCCAAGGUGCGAGGGCUGGAGCGCCAGGUGGAGGAGCUGCGCUGGCGGCAGAGGCGAGCGGCCAAGGGGCCUCGGAGCGUGGAGGAGGAGUGAGAAGGCGAAGGGACGCCAGCCACCUUCGUUGUACCAAAGAGCUGCGCCGCUUCAGGGUCACAGAGCCCUCCUCCCCUUUUCUUGCCCUGUCCCUGAAUCUUGAGAACCUUUAUCUCUGCCCCAGACUCCCUAACUGAGAGGGAGGAAGACCAUGGCCCCUGCUGGUCCUCUGUCUGGGGUUGGUCCUCUUAACCCUUUCUCUGCUCCCAGCCUGUUCCCUGCCAGGGAGGGUGGGAGGGGCCCCCCUCCACCUCCUGCAUCUGCUGUCAGCAAACAUCACUGCCACUGGGCUCCCCUGACUCCGCCACUGCCUUGCCCUCCUCGGAUGCUCUUGCUCGUCUGUCUUCUAGCUCCUCCUCUGCCGAGGCCUCAGUUCCCUUCCUGUUUGUCUCCCUCCAGCCCUGUACUCCUGCCAUCCACAGUCCCUCAAGGCAUGCUCCUGUCCCCUUCAUUGCCCAACCAUGGGGAAGAGGCAUGGGAGCUGAGGGGAAGGGAAGGGGGGAUGUUCCCACGUGGGGCUGGGGCUGAGGACGUAUGUUGCGUCUGUUACAAGUGCCUUAAUCCGAGCCAGUGGGGCCCUCUGCUUGCCCGCUCCUGUACUGUAUCUAGGGAAGUGCCCUGUGGCUGCUUUGUGUCAAGAAGAGAGUGAUCCCUCUCAGGAUCUUGAUUCCCCUUCAGCUAAAGCAAAAGAUGACUGCUUCAUAGGACUAGGACCCUGCAGUGGCCGUGGGAUCCCCUGUGGGGAUUUCAGAGACCCUGAAGGAGGAAGGAGGACUCAUCUUCUUGUCUGCACAGCUCCAGGUGGUUCUCUACCCCUCCCCCUCACUCUCUGCCACCAAGGAGUUGCUGAUCAGGGCCCAGCCCGGUGGCCUAGGAAGCACAGAGCAGACACACCGGAGAUGCGCACACAGCCCUUUGCCUCCAUGUGCUCUGCCCAGAGCAGGGGACUCUGCUGGCUGACCUCUCUCCAUCAGGACUCUCAUUCUUCCCUUUAAGAUCUGGUGGAGGUGGGUGUCCUCCUGUGCCAGGCCCAGCACAGGAUGUGAAGAAGAAAUAAAUGCCUAGUUCUUAACUGUUGAGGUUUGAUGUGGAAUCACGGCUGCAGUGAUAUAUAUUUUUAUCAGCACUUGAUUGAUUUUAAAUAAAAUGCACGCUAUUUUAUUAUCUGGA